UAUAUUAUACACUUGAACAAACACAAGACUCUGUUUCGUGUUUGGAUCCAAAACAAAAGAGAAGAAAACAUGAGGAUUUGCUUUGUUAUUUUUUGUAUUGUUUCAUUGAUCCACUUUUGUCGUGCUGAACCAUUAUCGGUUGAUGGAAAGGUAUUGAUACUCGAUGAAUCCAACUUCGAUUCCGCCAUUUCAUCCUUCGAUCACAUCUUGGUUGAUUUCUACGCUCCUUGGUGUGGUCACUGCAAGCGUCUCUCUCCUGAGUUAGACGCGGCCGCGCCUGUACUUGCAGCCUUGAAGGAACCUAUACUCAUUGCAAAAGUAGAUGCAGACAAGCAUACUAGCCUUGCAAGAAAACACGAUGUUGAUGCCUAUCCAACCAUUUUGCUGUUUAAUCAUGGUGUCCCAACUGAAUAUCGUGGACCAAGGAAAGCUGAUUUACUUGUUCGUUAUCUUAAGAAAUUCGCUGCUUCUGAUGUUUCCAUCCUCGAUUCAGAUUCUGCUGUGAAUAAUUUUGUUGAAGAAGCUGGUACUUUUUUCCCAGUAUAUAUAGGUUUUGGGUUGGAAAGUUCAAUGAUAGAAAAGUUCGGCAAAAAGUAUAAGAAAAAUGCAUGGUUUUCUGUGGCAAAGGAUUUUUCAGAGGAUCUCAUGGUAACAUAUGACUUCGAUAAGAUUCCUGCCUUGGUUUCCCUUAAUCCACUGUACAAUGAGCGUAACACAUUUUAUGGUCCAUUUGAAGAUGAUUUUUUGGAAGACUUUAUAAAACAAAAUCUCAUUCCUUUGGCUGUGCCUGUAUCCUAUGAGACACUUAAGUUGAUGAAAGCUGAUGGUAGGAAAAUAGUUUUGACUAUUGUGGACGAUGAAAGUGAAGAAAGUUCCAAAGAACUUGUUAAGUUAUUGAGGGCUGCUGCAUCUGCAAAUCGUGACUUAAUAUUUGGUUAUGUUGGAGUUAAACAGCUGGACGAAUUUGCUGAUAAAUUUGAUACUACUACUAAACUACCAAAAAUGGUCAUUUGGGAUAAAGAAGAUGAGUAUCUUUCGGUAGUUGGUUCAGAAAGCAUUGAAGCAGAGGAUCAGGGAACACAGAUCACUAAAUUCCUAGAAGGAUAUAGAGAAGGAAGAACCGUAAAGAAAUCAUUUAGUGGGCCGUCGCUGAUGCAAUUUAUCCAUAGAUCUUUCGACAUUAGAAUGGUGUACAUCGUUGUUUUUAUGAUUGCAGUGCUAAUGCUUAUUCAAACCUUGGGUAGUAAAGGAGAUGAUGGUGAAUAUCAGAGAGUACCAAACCAAGAUAAGGUUAAUCAACCAAGCAGCUCUACCUCAGAAGGUGAAAGCAAAGAGUAUAAAGAAGGUGACAAAGAAGACUAAAUUAAUUAUAACAUAUACAAGGAUCAUCACUUAAUUAUAGCUGGCUUUAGAAUUACCAUGCCUUUUGGCAUGUGUAAAUAUUUUAGAGUCUGUAUUUUUCAUAAAUUUUGACUACUGUCCAAACUAAACUUAUGUUCUUAUUUGCACGUUUUCAUUAGUUAUUUCUUGACAUGAAGGCUUAUUUAUUAGUUUCAACGUGGCAUUGAUGAAAUGAAAGUGUUAUUUCAA